UUCUGCUUUUCUACGCGCGCUUUGAAUGCAAAAGCUCUUGGGCCCCAUGUGGUCUCAUUCAGUUCGUCUUUGGCGAGCGCUGUGAACAUCCAAGCAUUCUUAUACUUUUUUUGUUUUUUGCAUUAAAUUAGCCCUCAUUAUGGCUCCCAAGAAAGUGAAAAGUGGUAGUGUUAGUGGUGUUACGAAGCCUAAACAUAUUACUGUAGAAACGGAGAAGGAAAUAAUAGCUAAAUACAAGAAUGGUGCUCGCGUAUCUGAUCUCGCAAUGCAAUAUGACAUGAUGAAAUCGACUAUCUAGAACAUAGAACAUAGAAAAAUACAGCGCAGUACAGGCCCUUCGGCCCUCGAUGUUGCGCCGACCGAAGCCUACGUAACCUACACUAGCCCAAUAACCUCCAUAUGCUUAUCCAAUGCCCGCUUGAAUGACCAUAAAGAGGGAGAGUCCACCACUGAUACUGGCAGGGCAUUCCAUGAACUCACAACUCGCUGAGUAAAGAAUCUACCCCUAACAUCUGUCCUAUACCAACCUCCCCUUAAUUUAAAGCUGUGUCCCCUAGUAACAGCUGACUCCAUACGCAGAAAAAGGUUCUCACUGUCAACCCUAUCUAAACCCCUAAUCAUCUUGUACACCUCUAUCAAAUCUCCCCAAGCCUUCUUUUCUCCAAUGAGAACAGCCCCAAUUGCCUCAGCCUUUCCUCAUACGAUCUUCCUACCAUGCCAGGCAACAUCCUGGUAAACCUCCUCUGCACCCGUUCCAGUGCCUCCACAUCCUUCCUAUAGUAUGGCGACCAAAACCGCACACAAUAUUCCAGAUGAGGCCGCACCAGAGUCUUAUACAACUGCAACAUGACCUCAGGACUCCGGAACUCAAUUCCUCUACCAAUAAAGCCCAGUGCGCCAUAUGCCUUCUUCACUGCACAAUUUACCUGGGUGGCAACUUUCAGAGAUCUGUGUACAUGGACACCAAGAUCCCUCUGCUCAUCCACACUACCAAGUAGCCUACCAUUAGCCCAGUAAUCCAUCUUCUUGUUACUCCUACCAAAGUGAAUGACUUCACACUUAGCUACAUUAAACUCCAUUUGCCACCUUUCUGCCCAGCUCUUCAACUUAUCUAUAUCCCGCUGUAACCUGCCACAUCCUUCUUCGCUGUCCACAACUCCACCGACUUUCGUAUCAUCCGCAAACUUGCUCACCCAGCCUUCAAGCCCCUCCUCCAGGUCAUUUAUAAAAAUGACAAACAGCAAUGGUCCCAAAACAGAUCCUUGUGGAACAUCAUUAGUAACUGCACUCCAAGAUGAACCUUUACCAUCAACUACUACCCUCUGUCUCCUUCCAGCCAGCUAUCCUAAAGAACAAAGAGGCACUAAAGGCAGCUGUCAUGGCUAAAGGAGUGAUUAUUUUAACGAAGCAAAGGCCUAGAUUGUUAGACGAGGUUGAAAAAUUAUUAUUAGUUUGGAUAAAUCAAAAAAAGCUUGCUGGAGAUAGUGUUAACGAGACUAUAAUCUGCUAGAAGGCUCUACACAAACACCGUGGUUUGUUGGCGACACCGCCAAGUACAAGUACUGCUAGCGUUGAAGAAUUUAAAGCCAGCAGAGGCUGGUUUGAUAAAUUUCGUCGAAGAACUGGAAUCCAUAAUGUAAUAAGGCAUGGAGAAGCGGCUAGUUCAGACAAAAAGGCAGCAGAGGACUUUGUGAAGGAAUUCAAUAAGUUUGUCGAAGAUGAAGGUUAUGUCUCACAUCAAGUUUUUAACUGUGAUGAAACUGGACUUUUCUGGAAAAAAAUGCCCAAAAAGACCUACAUAACCCAAGAGGAGAAGGUACUACCGGGCCACAAAUCAAUGAAGGACAGGUUAACGCUUUUAUUGUGCAUGAAUGCAAGUGGGGAUUGCAAGAUUAAGCCUCUAUUAGUCGACCACUCUGAAAAUCCUUGCAUUUUUAAACAUAAUAAUGUAUUGAAGGCUAAACUCCCGGUAAUGUGGGGGGCGAACAGCAAGGCUUGGGUCAUGCAAAUGAUUUUUAUGGAAUGGUUGACGGAAGUGUUUGCACCAGCUGUGAAGGAAUAUCUUGAAACAAAUAAUUUGCCACUUAAGUGUCUUCUAGUAAUGGACAAUGCUCCUGCCCAUCCUCUAAAUUUGGAAGAAGACUUGGACGUUGAAUACGACUUCAUAAAAGUAAAGUUCCUUCCUCCCAACACCACUCCUGUCAUCCAACCCAUGGACCAGAAUGUCAUUGCAAAUUUCAAAAAAUUAUAUACGAAGGCUCUGUUCGCCAGGUGUUUCCAGGUCACCAACGACACAGAUUUGACCCUUGGUCAGUACUGGAAGGACCACUUCAUUAUCGGCCACUGCAUAAGCCUUAUUGAGAAGGCAUGGAACGCGGUCUCUUUCCGUACGUUGCAGUCGGCCUGGAGGAAACUUUGGCCAGCUUGAGGGUUUUGAGGAGGAGACAUCAGUAAAUGUAGUGAAUGAGAUUGUGACCCUGGGCCAAAAUAUGGGCUUGGAGGUCGAGGAGGAUGAUGUGAUGGAGCUGGUGGAGGACCACAGACAAGAAAUCAGCACAGAAGAUCUUGUUGAAUUGCAACAGGAGCAGGUGAAGGUUAUCCAGCAGGAGCAUUCUGGAGAGGAGGAAGAAGAGAGGGAAGGUGUAUCAAGUGUUCAAAUCAAAGACAUUUGUAGCAAAUGGAGUGAAGUGCAGGCUUUUGUUGAGAGGCAUCACCCUAACAAAACCAUGACCAACAGAGCAGUGAACAUUUUAAAUGACAGUGUGAUAUCUCAUAUCUCAUUUUCGGAAAAUUCUGCAACAAAGAAAAAGACAAGUUUCUCCGGAUCGUUUUCUUGUGGCAUCACCAACCUCCAAGAGACAAAAAUUAGAAAAGACUCAGGAAAUAUCCGAACAAUGGGAAAAUUGAUUCAAUUCGCAAACUGGGUCCCGGAACGGAUUACGUUCGCCCCGGAGGGAGAGAGAACGAUCGUCUAUGUGCACAGAGAUAUGGGUUCUCGGUCUUCUCUUAAACAGCAGAUUCAUCAGGAAUUAUAUCAUCACUUACAGGGAGGAGCUUCCACAUCAGGCAACAUCUAUAUUGAUUGGAUGACCAUUACAUUCAGCAAGCAUCAACAGUAAAGAUUAAGUCAUCUGGCAUAAAACUGAAUGUUCUUAACCUUGUUAACUGGCUUUACAUAAUGAAUGCUUUUUUAUUUCAUUACCGUUGCCUCCAGCACCUCAUUGUUUACUGCAUGUUCUUAUCUGAUCCAAGUCAUGCUAGCUGAGCCUUUUGUCAAGCAACCAUAAGCUUAACUCUUUCCCUACCUGUUCAUACCUUAUACACUUUCUCAUUCUCUCCUUUUAUCAUUUCACGAUAACCACCUAGAUGGCACCACCAGAUUUUAUAAGACUCUGACAGCCAGUAUUUAAGCAAGUUAUUGACACUGCAUGCAAUGAUUUUACAUAACAGCAAAAAUUACUAGUCUGUUACAGUAAUUAGAACUUGAAAAAUCCUCCCCUGUGGAAAAAAAUCACCAGUAAUGUUUGUAAAUCCAUAGUCCUUAGUGACCACUCCAUCCCCUCCAAGUCAAGUAGAAACAAGCCAGUUUCUACAAUCUCCAUCAGUAAAGUACAACUUGAAAACAAAAUUCAGUCUGUUCUUGCAUCAUUCCUUGGAGAAAUCUGAAUUUUUGGGGAAGGGCAGUGAAAUACUUAAAGCUGACAAGAGUUCAAUUCUUCUGGAGAUGCUUCAGAUGGAGGACACCAACGCAUCUGAGUGUGCAGUGCAACAGCUGCAGCUGCAGACUAGGUGAAUGCAGCAUUCUUCGCUGCAUCUGUUCCCGCUCUGCUGUUAAAUGUAACAAAGCCAACUGGCUGUUGUAAUGUUAGCUUGGUCAGUGAACCAUCAUAUCCCUUAAAUGAUCGAAAGACAAGGUAAAGCUCACGUGGUCUAAUGUCCAUAGGAAGGCCACUGACAAAAAGCUUACCGACCUCCUCUUCAAUCUUGUUAGCUUCUUCACCUUUUGUGCUCAUGACUGGGGAGCUGAUUGAAUUCGUUGGAUCAGGUUGUGGAGAGGUGUAUACAUUCCAUAACCUGUGAAUGGAGAAACUCGAGAGAAGAUGUUAGCUGCUGAAAGUAUCUUUGCAUUUUCUCUCUCGUUCCUUCCUUGCUAAGGUGGUUAUCAGUAUGAAGACAGUCACACAUUUAACUACACUAAAUUGUUAGCAAGUUUUGAAAAGAUUCAUAGCUCAGGUUGAGAUUCUGGAUGUAGGUUUGCUCGCUGAGCUGGAAGGUUUGUUUUCAGAUGUUUCGUCACCAUACUAGGUAACAUCAUCAGUGAGCCUUCGGAUGAAGCACUGGUUACAUGGCCAGCUUUCUAUUUAUUUGUUUAGGUUACCUUGGGUUAAUGAUGUUAAUGGCUGUGGUGGCAUCAUUUCCUGUGGUGAUGUCAUUUCCUGUCCUUUUUCUCAUGGGGCACUAAAUGGGAUCCAAGUCAAUGUGUUUGUUGAUAGAGUUCCACUUGGAAAGCCAUGUUUCUAGAAAUUCUCCUGCCUGUCUCUGUUUGGCUUUUCCUAGGACGGAUGUGUUGGCCCAUUCGAAGUGUUUCCUUCCUCAUCUGUAUUUGAGGAUACUAGUGAAAGAGGGUCAUGUCUUUUUGUGGCUACUUGAUGUUCAUGUAUCCUGGUGGCUCACUGAUAAUGUUACUGAUAAUAGUAUGGUGAUGAAACGUCUGAAAACAAAUCUUCCAGCUCAGCGAGCAAACCUACACUCUCACUAAAUUGUGUCUGCCUAUUUCAACAUUCUUUGAAUUCUUGAAGUCUGUUACUCUGUUCACUAUUUAUGACAUUAUCAAGUUUUAUACAUUCCAUAAACUCCUAAACUGUACUGCCUAAACAAUGCAGUCAAUUAUAAACAACAAUCAGUGGUCCCAAAAUCAAAUUCUCGGCUGACCCCAUUCAGAUUAUUCAAAAUUAUUUUCCUGUAAAAAAAUUGAUACUUGGCUAAUGUGAAAGCUUUCAAAAAAAGUAUUUCAAAAGUCUGGAACAGCAAGUAAACAAUAUGGAAAAUAAAGAACAUGAAGGCAUGGGAAGGGUUAAAGCAUGAAGACCACUGGCAAUCUGUGUUCUGUGGAAGGCAGGAUGGGAUAAGAAUAAUGGAAUGCUCUUACACCAAUUAGCAGAAUAAGGUUAAGGCUGAAAGGUCAUGAUGGUGGGAUGAGAUCACACAAGUAAUAAAGCAAGUUUCUCUGUUAAGUGUUAUUAUGACAGGAUUGGGACCAUAAAUAUUUGGGACAUGACAUUAUCGAAUUAAUAGUUAGUAGAGUCAGCUUGAGACAGGAGACUAUUGUAAUAGAUGGAAUAGUUAAAUAUCUAUCAUGACAGGUUAGUCUGGAAUAGAAGAUCACUGUAGCAGAGUUAACAAUAAAUAUCUAACCAUGACAUUAGAAUAACAUUAAAUAGAAUGUACAAUUAAAGAGAUAAUGGGAACUAACAUCGAUGGUUUAUUGUGUAGCUAGAUGAGGUACUUUGAUUAAUACAGUUGGACAUGCUAAUAAGCUAACAGAAACAUGAUCAAAAAAGAUAUAGUAAUCCACAGACCCUGAGGUUCGUGGGCAUUUGAGAAUCUGCUUUCUUAGUGUCACGGUUUUUUGUUUGCAAAUAAAAGACUUACUUCUUGAGGAA